UUUUAACUAUUCUUUUCCUUUAAUGGCUAAUACUGGCUUCAUUGUAUGGUUUGCGAAGGUGAUUACAUUGCUAAUUUGUAUGAAUUUAAAACCCUUGUUGGUAACAGGUGAACAACAGGUGCCCUGUUUGUUCGUUAUGGGAGAUUCUUUAUUUGAUAAUGGAAAUAACAAUAAUCUCCUCACUGCUGCAAAGGCGAAUUAUCCACCUUACGGAAUUGAUUUUCCUGAUGGUCCUACUGGUAGAUUCACCAAUGGCCGGAAUGUAGCAGAUUUCCUUGCUGAACUGUUGGGUUUCGAUAAGUAUAUUGAGCCAUUCGCUACUGUGAAGGGUGUGGAUAUGUUUAGGGGAGUGAACUAUGCAUCUGGUGCAGCUGGAAUUCUUGACGAAACAUCAAUUCAUGUGGGAGAUAGAAUCAGCAUGAAUAGGCAAUUGCGAAAUCACAACGUGACAAUUUCCCACAUGUCUACUCUGCUUGGAAACAAGACCUUAACUAAGGAGUAUCUAAGCAAAUGCAUAUACAUUGUUCAAAUGGGCAACAAUGAUUAUAUCAAUAACUACUUGCUGCCUCAGUUGUACUCGUCGAACCAUAUGUACAAACCAGAACAGUUUGCUUCAAUCCUAAUUCAGCAAUACUCAGAACAAUUAAAGACUUUGUACCUUUACGGAGCAAGAAAAGUUGUUGUCUUCGGUAAAGGAGGCAUAGGCUGUGUUCCAUCAGAACUCGAUUUGUAUGGGACAGGGGACUCUGUGUGCAUCAACUCUAUAGAUAGUGCAGUUCGAAAAUUCUCUGACAAGCUUAAACCAAUGAUCGAUGAUCUCAACAGUAAUUUGCCCAAUGCAAAGUUCAGCUACAUAAACUCUACAAGCAUUGCAGUACCAGAUCCUUCAUCCAUCGGUAUAACAAAACUACGUGAGCCAUGCUGCGAAAUUUCGGAAGGGAAGUGCAAACAUGGAGGAGGUGUAUGCAGUGAUAGAACAGCUCAUUAUUUUUGGGAUGGUUUUCACCCCUCAGAAGCUCCAAAUAAGGUCACUGCUGAAAGAGCUUACACUGCUCUUCUAUCCACUGUUGUCUAUCCUUUUGACAUUAGUCAGUUGUCUCAGCUCUAAAUAAUAUAGACUUUAGGGCUUGUUUAGUUAGGGAUCAAGUUAUCCAGGGAUUA